UUCGUCUCCGUUUCAUCACUCGCAAAGGCCUCUGUCUUGGGCACAGCAGUUCUUUCAACCAUCACUAUGGCUACCCCGAAAGUGAUCCAUCCUCAAAUCAAUGACUAUUUACCCAAUACUUUUGAAGACUUGAAGGAUAUCAAGAACCGCCCUGAUGAGUGGAAAAUUGAGCAGGGUCUUUCGGGGGCUCAGCUACCGUUCAUAGACCAGACAGGGAAGGAACCAAUUGCUAUUCACCCUUCGAAGCCUGCAGUGCCUACCAAAGAUGACGAUGCCAUCAAAGCUGUUGGCGAUCCCAACGAGUUGUUCCAGAUGGAGCGUCCAGGAUGGAAAGGCUACGUCGAAUGGGAAGCCUAUCCAGAGAAGAAGAAGCAAGGCCACAAGAUUCUGACAUCACAGAAUUUCCCCCCAAAUCCCGAGUUUCAGAUGGGUCCUAUUCCAGAUACGAACCCAGUUCUGCCUGGUACACACUGGAAGAUGUGGCAUCAUGCACUGGGUGGAGAAUUGACCGAUGUUCCUGAGGACUCGUGGAAGACGGUACUGAAGGAAAAACAUCCAGAAAUGUUACACUUACUCCAGUUCCCAUACAAUGGUGAGCCUCCAAAACGCCUAGUCACGGAUAAAGCCAUUACGCCUAAUUCGCUGCACUUUGUGCGUAACCACGGAGGCAUUCCCCUUAUCGACCAAGACAAGUUCAGUUUCACCAUGGAUGGGCUGGUGAAAAAUCCCACCGAAUUCACCUUAGCUGAUCUGAUGGAUGAAUCAAGGUUUCCUCGCGUUGAGAAAUAUGUUACCAUACAAUGCUCAGGAACUCGUCGGAUCGAGCAAAUCAGCCUUUAUCCUGGUCAGGGAGAUGAGGUUCCACAAGCUCCAUGGGCUGAAGGUGCUAUUGGGACUGCGAAAUACGUUGGAAUUAGUCUCAAAAAGGUCAUCAAGGCUUGUGGGGGCCUUAUCAAUGGCGGAAAGCACCUCGAGUUUUACGGAGCCGAUACCUACUUUAAGGACAAUGAGGUCAUGAAUUAUCUGGUUAGCGUUCCAUGGUCGAAGGUCAAAGCCAAUGAAGUCCUCUUGGCUUGGGAAAUGAAUGGAGAGCCUCUUCCAGCUAUUCAUGGUUAUCCACUCCGUGUUGUUGUUCUCGGAUACAUUGGGGCUCGAAGCGUUAAGUGGCUCUAUCGCAUCAAAGCUAUUGAGAAUCCAACUCUCGCACCAGUCCAGAGCAAGGAGUAUCUCUACUUCAACCAGCAAAUUGGAAAAUUCAACCAAUCGCCUGUUGAUGGAAUUCAGAUUCAGGAAAUGCCAGUAUCUUCUGCGAUUAUGUCUCCAUGGACGAAACAGGUCAUCAUUCACAAUGGCAAAAUCAAUUGCAAGGGAUGGGCAUAUUCUGGAGGUGGAAGAUGGCCCGAAAGAGUGGAACUAAGCGCUGACGGAGGUUUCUCAUGGUAUGCUGUACCUCUUGAGAAUCUUUCGGAAAAGCGUAAAUGGACAUGGCGCACUUGGUCUUUCGACCUGCCUUGCGAUGUGGAAGGCUGGGUCGAGAUUGUAUGCAGAUGCUGGGACAACUCUCUCAACACUCAACCACUAACAGUCAGAGCGGCGUGGAAUUGGGGUCUCCAUGUCACUUCUUCGGCACACCGCAUCAGCGUGUACAGUGUCAAUAAGACUCGGGCAAAGACCGCAGAAAAACUAAAGAAAUUUGCGGAAACUGGCAGUCCGUUGGCUCCACUCACUUGGCCAGAAGAGUUUCCCAAUAUAACUUGGGAUGCGUACAAGAAGUUCUGGGCAGAGAACGAACCAAGGGACGUCGACGAGUAAUUGCGGAUUUUCAGAGAGAUGUCCAGCCAGGACAGAGAACCCUCCUUAUUGUGGAAUAUAUAUUGUCAUCCUGUCAGUAUCUGAUCAUGCACAUUUACACAGUAUUAGGCUAUAGUAUCAAUUAUGUCUGAAAGAAGAACA